AUGUAUGGUAAACAAAAAUCUUUAAAUAUGGAAGGUGGACAAGGAUUCCGUCUUGCAAGUUCAAAAAAAACAGCUGAAGCUGAUGUUGAUCAAAAUGAUAAACGUCAUGGUGAUAUACGAGUUAAUCUUCCAACUAAUGAUAUCACUCCAAUGCAUUCUGCGAUACCAUUCCUUCCAUUAUGGGCUGCUAUAUUUUGUGCUAUAAUUAAUGUUAUUAUCCCUGGCUCAGGAACAAUAAUAAGUGGAUUUUUUGCCCUAUGUCUUGGACAAACGCGUGUGAACUACCGUACAGGUCAAAAGCUGAUGACCGUAUUAAUUAACUCAUUAGUAGGUAUUAGUCAGUUCUUUACCAUUACAUUCUUGUUUGUCGGAUGGUUUUGGUCAAUAGCUUGGAGCGGUUUGCUCAUAAUCUACUCCGUACAGUAUCGCGAUGCAUUACGUCGACGUCGCCAAGAAAUGAUCGCAACAGCAGCAUUAGAAGCACUAACUCGAAAUUCAAUUUUACAUCGUCGUGAUGUGAAAACACUAGUUAAAAAACAUAAAGAAAAGAGUGGAACGAAAAAAUAUGAAGAACAAACUGCAUAG